AAUAAAUAGUCGAGUGUAUUAUCAUCGGAUUAACCCUCGACGUGUCGUGUGUUUGAUGGACACAUUUGAUAAACGCCGCAGCCGAAGAUAUCAGGACUUAACGUGUAAUUGGAAUUAAUAGAGUUUCAAGGAUAACCCGUAGAUAACUCACAGAUAACCCAUAGAGCUGACCUCACUCAUCACGUGACAAGGGAUACAAGUCUCGUUUCCAGAUCGUCCGGCGAUACUGGACAAGUAGUCGAAUACAGCCAUGAGUACGUCCUUGAAAGCGGAGUUCCGGCCUGUCAAGUUGGGCCUGGGCUAUUUCGAUCCCGAUGCUUUCAUUAGAUCGCAGUGGAACCUGCCCAGGUGGGUGUACCUGGUCUGGAGGUGUUUCUGGUUCGUCUGGCACCUGGCCUGGAUCAUAGGCAGCGGCGUGAACACCCGGCUCAACAAGGCCAGGUACCCCGAGGAGGGGGUCAAGUGGUUCAUCUACCUGACCAACACGACCCUGCUGCUCACGACACUCACGUGCACAGUGGACCUGCUGGCUGUAAUGUUUGUCACGUGCUUCAGGAAAGGUUCUGUCACUGUGCCGGUGACCAAAGAUGAAGAGGCUCGUGGCUUGCCACUGAAGGAAGAAAUCAUCUUCAAAGGAGAGUUCACUGUGGAGAAGGGUCUUGAAGGAUAUACCACAACGUGGUACCUCAAGUUGGUGUGGCUGCUGUACAACAUGAUAGGCAGCGUCAACAUACUGGUGACCAUCAUGUACUGGGCUGUGGAAUAUAAUGGUUCGACAGAUGUGGUUGGUGUGGAGGUCCACAGCAUCAACACCGUCUUCAUCUUGACCAACCACAUGAUGACGGCCAUGCCGUGCCAGAUCCUCCACUUCAUAUACCCCAUGUUGUACCUCGCCCUCUACGCUCUCUUCACCUACAUAUACUACGCCUGUGACGGCACGGACAUCAAAGGGCGCCCCGUCAUCUACAGCGUCGUGGACUGGGGCAAGGCGUACCCCACCGCCAUAACCGUCGUUGUGGGGAUUCUCGUCUUCGUGCCCCUAGUUCAUCUCGUCCUGUUCGCUAUUUAUACGUUUCGGAUUUUCCUGCAUUCUAAAAUUAACUCCGAGACGUAUUCUACGGGAACUCACAAUCAAGAAAAUAGUCGAAACGAUGAAACAAGAAGAGAGAUGCAUGAAGUACCCAGUGGUGUUGAGAUGAGGCCUAUCGCAGUGUCUUAGCAACUGUAAUUAAAUCAAGCUUAUUAAUUAUUUCUUCAGAGAUUAGCAGAGUGCAAUAACGUGGUGACCUGUUCGACAAUGGAUUCAACAUCCGGCUCUAAGAGUGUAGAUUUAAGUCUACAAACUCGCCGAAGAGAAACACGGGAAAUCCAGAAUCUUUUAAAAACCCAUACAAGGUUGAGCUCGACGUGUGUUAGUAAAAAAAACUGAGCAUUACAUUCCUGCUUUGUAAGUACAUUGGUAAACAGAACCGAGAAAUCUUGAUGGCGUUUGCCUACUGCUGACAAAUGAAUGCUGGAUUAAGCUGCAAACGACUAUGUAUAAUUCAAGGUCUCCAUUCUUGAAUUUUUAGA